AUGAGUGACACACCCGUAACUGGGCCUGCCCAGACCACUGGCGAUGGAUCGCCCAUCGUUGGGAGAGCUGUCGUGGAACUUCCCGUAUCAGGCAGUGCCUUCCCCCGUUGUUCCAACCUCCUGCCAAAGUUCUGCAACAGUUCCCGCAACAUCCUCUACUUCAGCCGGGACCGGUGGAGGAUUCGAAAGACCCACGGCGCAGCCUCCAUCAACGAGUCCAACCCCAACCCCAAGUGUACAGUUGCUGCAGUCGAGCAGUACUCCGCCGCAGGAGGCCCGCGAAGGAGGGACGCGGCUGGGUUCAACCCCGGCGGAGCCUCUGACCCUAGAAAUGGCGCCCCGGGGACCGGAAGUGGCAGGUCCUGCUCCGCGCGUGCCUCCUACUCUGGCUGCUGGGCAUACCGCAGCAGCGCUCCCGGCUUCCGAACCUCCGGCAAGCAUGACUGCCGCAACCCCCUUUCUCAGCCGACCCCCACCGCCCUUCCUACUGCCGAGGUUUCUGGAGACCGUAUCGGGAGCGCGUCACCUUCCGGAGUUCCGGGUCCAUAUACCGCGGAAAAUGUGAUUGAGGGCCUCGGAUUCCCAUUGCAGAGCGACCGACCGGCCGAUCCCCAGGCCAUCGCCGACGAGUGUAAUGCCAUCUACGCCACCAUCAUUCGGGUUUCACCUCAUGCCUUCCAACGCUUUGUUAGAGAUUCCUGGGAGAGGUCGCUUGUGGGGUCUAAGGAGCACCUUCAGUUUGUUCUGAAUGCGACGUUAGAUCGGGUAAGCCACGAAACGGCAAAAGCAUCCAUGGCGGUCCUUGGCACAAGGCUCAUGAGGAUGGCCGGAGAGGAACUGAUACGCUCUGCCGAGUCGGACCUGCUUGGCCGCAUGGAGGAUAUUAUUGUUGCCAAGGCCCCCGAUAGCCUACUUGAUAAAGCUAUGAGGCGGCGUUUGGAGACAAUUGACGCAAGGCCUUUGCUGAAUAUGCUCGCUCGGGCGGAGCGCCUUGGCUACGAUUCUGGUGAUAUUAUUGAAAACGGAGUCCCCGAACCGCCAGCGAAACACGGGCUCGAAGCGCCGCGAGACCAUACCAGCGGCCGCUGCAACGGCCUUGCCGAUUUCUCAUCCUCCGCCCUCAUCUUAUCUCCACUACCCCCAAUACCCGUCGAGCACCCCUACCCACCACCAAGUGCAAUCGUCACAGCCGACCGCUUCGGCAACCUCCGCCUCAAUAGCAGUCCCGCCACGGGGUUGCAUGAUCCCUACGGACACCUAACGUCGGCGCAGCGCCGCGAAAUGGAUAUACAACUAGCCGGAGCGGAAAGCCUAUACGCAGAGCGAAUGCGUCAGGCACAACGAGAUAUUUUGAAUCCGGGAGAGUUGAAAGUAAGGCUCGACAGCCUGAAAAACAGUCUUGCAACGAAACAGUCGAUGGUUCGGAAAAAGUAUGGUGUCAAGUUGCGGGAGAGAAAGACCAGGGCUGAGAUGGCGGAGCAGCGUGCCCGAAUGAUUGGAACGUCCUACCCGCCGCCUACCCCAAGCUCAAAUGAUAUGCACCACAGCAAGAAGGCGCGGAUGAAUGCUGGAGAUGCCGUGCCAACCCAAGUAGACGACAUUUCUCGAGUACAUUCAUCCCUGGAGACACCCACGCGGAAACCCGUGAGGCCAGAGGCUCCUGUCCCGGGGUUCCACCGGGACCAGCGGCACCGGCAGCAGUCCCUGGAAUGGCUCCUGUGCCAACUCAUCUCCCCGGUCCCGCACCCCGGCCUAUCCCCCAGUCAGCUGCAGCACCUCUGCCGCAGGCUCAGGUCUCUGUCCCUCGUUCACCACCUAGCAGCCAUGUUAGUUCGAGGCCGGCGUUGA